CGCCCACUCACUGCGAUGCGAAUUCGUCACCUCUGGCGUAAUCUCGCGAGAUGUGCGGAGAGUGCCACCGUUUCCAUGUCAAAGAUGGACGUCGUAGGAGGAGGAGGAGGCGGUGGUGGUGGGUUGAUCGCCAAUAACAAGCAGAGAGCUAUGAUACCCAACAAAAGCAGGGGUGAAUUUACCCGCAACCAAAGAAAAGACUCGGAGGGGUUUUCCGAGGCUCCGGAUCUGGAGUUCGAAUACGGCGACGCGGAGAAGUGGGCGGCAGAGCUGUCAGAGCUGUACAGCUACACUGAGGGGCCGGAGUUCCUCCUCAAUAGGAAAUGCUUCACAGAGGACUUCAGGAUUCAUGUGGCUGAUAAGAAGUGGACAGAGCUGAGCCUGGCUGAGCACCGCGCCCACGCCAUGCGGCUGCUGGACAGCCUGGAGGUGACGGCCCGCGAGAGGAGGCUGAAGGUGGCCAGAGCCAUUCUCUACAUGGCUCAAGGUACCUUCGGGGAGUGUGAAUCGGAGGCGGAGGUGCAGCACUGGAUGAGGUACAACGUCUUUCUCCUGCUGGAGGUCGGCACCUUCUCGGCCCUGGUGGAGCUGCUGAACAUGGAGAUCGAUAACAGUGCUGCCUGCACUAGUGCCGUCAGGAAGCCUGCCAUCUCCUUGGCUGAUAGCACAGACCUCAGGGUGCUGCUGAACAUCAUGUACCUGAUGGUGGAGACCAUUCAGCAGGAGGUCCUUGCUGACAGCCCGGAGUGGAGGACCGCCCGGGACACCUUCAGGACCGAGCUGGGCUCUCCGCUGUACAACAACGAGCCCAUCUCCGUCAUGCUGUUCGGCAUGGUGACCAAGUUCUGCAGCGGCCACGCCCCCCACUUCCCCAUGAAGAAGGUUUUGCUUCUGCUGUGGAAGACCAUCCUGUUCACACUGGGUGGUUUCGAGCAGCUCCAGCAAAUCAAGGUGCGGAAGCGGGAGGAUCUGGCUUUGCCCCCCCUGCCGGAGGACAGCAUCCGGGUGGUGCUCACCAUGCGGGCCGCCUCCCCCCCCGCCUCCGCAUCCGACCUCAUAGAGCAACAGCAAAAACGUGCUCGCCGCGAGCACAAGGCUCUCAUCAAGCAGGACAACCUGGAUGCCUUCAAUGAAAAGGACCCCUACAAAGCGGAUGAUACUCGUGAGGAUGAAGAUGACAGCGAUGACAAUGACAAUAGCCUGGAACCGGAGACCUUUCCCUUAGAGCGGGAUGAGGUUAUGCCCCCGCCGAUCCCACACCCGCCCUGCGAGAGGGUGUCUUUCCCCAAGGGCCUGCCUUGGGCCCCCAAGGUCCGGGAGAAGGACAUCGAACACUUCUUGGAGUCUAGCAGAAGCAAAUUUAUUGGAUACACUUUAGGAAGCGACACAGACACCGUUGUGGGCCUGCCUACUCCCAUCCACGAGAGCAUCAGGACCCUGAAGCAGCACAAGUAUGUGUCCAUCGCCGAAAUUCAGAUUGCCAAAGAGGAGGAGUUCCAGAAGACCCCGCUGUCAGGGGGGGAAGAGGAAGUAGAGAUGUGUUCCAUUGAGCUGCUGUACCAGGGAAUCCUCCCCAACCUGCCACAGUAUAUGAUUGCACUGCUGAAGAUCCUGCUGGCUGCAGCUCCCACCUCCAAGGCCAAAACCGACUCCAUCAACAUCCUGGCUGACGUCCUGCCCGAAGAGAUGCCGACCACAGUUCUGCAGAGCAUGAAGCUGGGUGUGGAUGUGAAUCGGCAUAAGGAGAUCAUCGUGAAGGCCAUCUCUGCCAUCUUGCUGCUGCUGCUCAAACACUUCAAACUCAACCACAUCUACCAGUUUGAGUAUAUGGCCCAACACCUGGUCUUUGCUAACUGCAUUCCGCUCAUCCUGAAGUUCUUCAACCAGAACAUAAUGUCCUACAUCACAGCUAAGAACAGCAUCUCCGUGCUGGACUUCCCCCACUGUGUGGUGCAUGAGCUGCCUGAGCUGACUGCAGAGAGCCUGGAGGCUGGUGACAACAACCAGUUCUGCUGGAGGAACCUUUUCUCUUGCAUCAACCUGCUGAGAAUCCUCAACAAGCUCACCAAGUGGAAGCACUCCAGAACCAUGAUGCUGGUUGUAUUUAAGUCAGCUCCUAUCCUCAAGAGGGCGCUCAAGGUCAAGCAGGCCAUGAUGCAGCUAUACGUGUUAAAGCUGUUGAAGGUCCAGACUAAGUACUUAGGGCGACAAUGGAGGAAAAGUAACAUGAAAACAAUGUCGGCCAUCUACCAGAAGGUGCGGCAUCGCCUCAAUGAUGACUGGGCCUACGGAAACGUAGAUCUGGAUGCACGGCCCUGGGACUUUCAGGCUGAGGAGUGCGCACUGAGGGCCAACAUAGAGCGCUUCAAUGCCCGUCGCUACGACAAGAGCCAGGGCAACCCGGACUUCCUGCCCGUGGACAACUGCCUGCAGAGCGUGCUGGGCCAGCGGGUAGAGCUGCCCGAGGAAUUUCAAAUGAACUAUGACCUCUGGCUAGAGCGGGAGGUCUUCUCCAAACCCAUCUCCUGGGAGGAGCUGUUGCAGUGAGGCCCAGAUGCGGUCAGACGGAGUCCUGGCGGGACCCGGCAGAACCCGGUUCCUCCCUCAGCUGUGCUCUCAAGGGAAACGGAGCCUUGUCCCAAGCACCUUGUCAGGACCACCCAGCGCCGUGGCCAGCUUGUCACUCUGUGGUCUGAAAUCAGAACCAUCACGGCAGUGGUCCCUGCUCACAGGUGCCAGAAGCACUGCAUCUGCAUCCUUACUGCUUCUUUUGAUUGCCCCCCCCUACACACACACACACACACACACACACACACACACACACACAAAAGCCUCUGUGCUCUUCAUCCGGUCUGGGCCAAACUAUACCCCUAACUGUAAUUUAGUACCCUACGAUAGCAGGACCGCACCAAAUCUGCCGGUUCAUGUUUGAACCUACAACCUGCUGCAGUGGCCACUGUCCGCCUACCGAAAGGGGAUCCAGCCCCCUUUGGACCUUUUACCUCCUCAACCUUACACUACUGUCCUCUCCUGGGGGCAUCUUAGAAUCCGUAUGUUAUGAAUGAUUUCUGUUAUGUAUUUUUUUGUGUAUAAGGAGCUUUGCUUAUAGGUAUGUGUUUAUUUGUAUAGGCAGAUGUGUGGGUUUGUGGGCAUGGGGGUGGUGGGGGGGCUGUACCUUCACAUCGCUCCCUUCUUGUUUUCCUGUGGACCAGAUGUUCUGUUUCCUGAGUGAUGCUCCCAUGGUGUAAUAUGCUGGAAGCUGGUGAUUUUGGUCUGGGACGAUAAGGUGUAUUUUAUAUUUUUUUUUGCUUUUUUCUUUUAAAAUAUUACUUCUGCAUUGCAUACAUCUUGCCAUUUAAUCUCAGCUGUGCGCUACGCUAAGGCAGGUAUGUAUGUAAUACCUGCAUAAAGGCCAGGGGAAUGCCCCCCCCCCCCCCACCAUUUCUGGGAGUCCAGCCAUUGGUUGCCAGUCUUGCUGUGUUUAUGACUGCAACGCCAUGGCUGUGGAAAAUGAAGGGGGAAGCCAACCUUUCAGAUGGAUUUCCACAGGGGGCCCCGAUUUGACAGGCAGGCAGGGAAGCGUCCUGUUGGAAGGGGCCCCAUGUCAGGGGUCCUUGCAGCUUUCCUUAUAGAUCAUGUUUUAAUAUAAUCUGUUUUUGUACAGUUUGCUGCGACACUCUCUGUAAGCAACGAUAUUAAUAAAUUUCUCUGACGUGUG